AUACUUACCAAAGAUUGUUGGGAACAUGUCAUCAAAUUUCUCAACCACCGCGUCUCUUUCCAUCACCAAUCUUUCAAAAUAUGUGAUCCAACCAUCCCUUUCCUCUCUAGCCUUUUCCACAGAUUUACCAACCUCACAUCUCUCGACCUAACGUGCUUCCACGGUGACCUUGACACACUCCUCAGCUAGCCAAAUAUCUUUUUCCACCAUGCACCUCAAAUCACUACAUCCCUAUAGAUGGGUUUCAAAGUUUAGCUGCAAAGAUGAAAACUUUGACCUCUCUCAUUUGUUCUAACAUGUUUUCGGUCAGUAAAACUGACCUUAUCAUCAUUGCUGAAUGUUUCCCUUUCCUUGAAGAACUUGUCAUUAACUUCCCUAAUUAAAAGAAUUGAAAGCAAUGCAAAUAUAUUGUCAUUGGCACUUCCAAAACUCCGUAAGGUUAAUCUCUCAGGUAAUUACUACAUACUCGUUGCUCUUCCAUAUUUGUAAGAACUUUGAGUUUCUUGAAGAGAUAAUCUUGUUUGAUUGCAAUUACUUAACCAAUAUUGGCAUUGCUUCUGCCAUUUGCGAGAGACCAAAUUUGAAGUCUUUCUCCAUUUCUUUCUGUAAGAUACGGGAAAAUCAAAGGAUGUACGUUAGUUCGAAGAUGAUUAGCUCUCUAAGGAAUUUGAAAGGUUUGACUUGUCUUGAUUUGUCGUCUGCGCGUAUAUCAGAUCAUUUGCUCUCAUCUCUUGCAGAGCAAGGUCUUCCUUUGAAGAGACUUUCGCUAAAAAAUUCUAUGGAUUAUAGUUAUGCCGGAAUCUUUUGUUUGUUAUCAAAAUGUCAGUUUUUACAACAUUUGGAUCUUCAAUAUUCAUUCUAUUUGAAUGAUCAAGAUAUUGUUGGGUUGUCUUUGGUUCUUGGUAAUUUGGUGUCUAUAAACCUUAGCCCUUGUACCAAUAUCACUGAAUUAACCUUGGUGUCACUAGUUAGGAACUGUCCUUUCCUCAGCGAGAUCAGAAGUGGUAUUGGAAAGUUUUGUGAUAAGAAUUGUAAUUGUUUGAUGGACUUUGUUGUAUACCCUCAAGUGAAGUCUCUCCAUUUGGCAGGCAAUCCACGGUUGAAAAAUGAAAGCAUCAAAAUGUUGCCUUCUCUUUUCCCAAACCUGCAGGGGCUUGACCUGAGAAUGAGAUAUUGCCAUUGCUAUUGCAUAUCCGAAGGUAUUGUUGAAGUUUUAAGAUGUUGUAAAAUUACUCAUUUGAACUUGAGAUCUUGGUCAACAUUGAAUCUACUUUCAAUGAACUUUCAAGUUUCCAAAUUGGAGGUGUUGAACUUGGCAAAGACAAAAAUUGAUGAUGACACAUUGUAUGUGAUCUCAAAGAGUUUUUGUGGGCUACUACAAUUGGACUUGGAACGGUGUGAUCAUAUCACAGAGAAAGGAGUGAGGCACGUAGUAAAAACUGCACACGAUUGAGAGAGAUAAAUAUACGAGGUUGUCGUGAGGUGUGUGUUGAUGUUAAUUUCUGGACGAUGAUGGUAUUUUCAAGGUCAUCAUUGAGAAAUUAAGAUUAUGGCUCCCUCUCAUUUUUGUAGUGACGACAAGUGGAAACCUUUAUUGAACCAUGGAUGCCUUGUUUUCUAGUAUUCUGAAAGUGAUAAAACAGUUAUUUGAAAUGUUAUCUUCAUCACAACAUUUCAAUCUUCAUUUUUCCCUAAGUUUUAUUUUUCCUUUUCAUGACAUAUAUUAAAGAAUUGUAGUUUGGUUGAUGAUGAUUUUUUUCUAACAUUUACAAGGCCAACUCCAAGAACAAUAUCACACUUUCUGGUUUUGGUGAUUAUUAUUGAUUGAUUAGAAGUAAAGGAAACCCAUUAAGUAUCUUGUUUGUGGAGAUAGAAUUCAUGUGAUAAAAAUAGUUGCAGGUUGUGUGUGUAUCUUUGUUUAUACUUGUCUAUGUGCUGUUAUGUGUUCCAAAGCAUGGAAGUGUAAAAGGAACCUUUUGUCAGCUUCUUUUGCAUCUUUUCCGAGCUCAAUAUAGUUCCCAUUAAUGAUAUAAGAUUGUAACUGUGAAAUACUGCAUCCCCUUCUAAUGUAUUUUGUAUUAAUCCCAGUAAACUAAUUAAGGAAAGUUUAUAUUUACUUGA